AUCAUCAUUAGCAUCACACACUGGCGCGGCCUCGCCACUCCAGCUCCCCGCCACGCCCGGGACGCGAACUCGCGGCCACAGCCGCUACAGGAGCCGCGGUCCCUUCUGCGCAGGCGCACCCCGCCUGCUUCCGCUUGGGGCGGGUCCCAAUGGCUGCUCAGGGUGUCCCUCCCCCCGCCCCUCUCGGCAUGGAACUCGGGGUGGGCCUCCGCCGCCGGGGCUCCGGCCGGGACCCAGCGACCCCCGAGCCGCGGCAGGAGCGGAGGACGGGGGCCGAGGCGGGGGGUCCCGGCCCCGGUGCUGUCCGAGCCCGCCGCUUCCUGCUCUGCCUCUACUUGGUGGGCUUCCUGGAUUUGUUUGGUGUGAGCAUGGUUGUUCCUUUAUUAAGCCUUCACGUCAAGUCUCUGGGAGCAAGCCCUACAGUUGCUGGAAUAAUAGGCUCCUCCUAUGGCAUUUUACAACUCUUUUCUAGCACAUUGGUGGGCUGCUGGAGUGAUGUGGUUGGCAGACAGUCUUCCUUGCUGGCAUGCAUGCUGCUCAGUGCCCUGGGAUAUCUCAUUCUUGGAGCAUCUACCAACAUGUUCCUGUUUGCCCUGGCUAGAGUCCCUGUGGGUAUUUUUAAACACACACUUUCGAUCUCAAGGGCUCUGCUCUCUGAUCUGGUGACAGAGAAGGAACGGCCACUGGUCAUCGGACAGUUCAAUAUGGCCUCAAGCUUGGGCUUCACCUUGGGCCCCAUGGUUGGUGGAUAUCUUACUGAAUUAGAGGGUGGCUUUUAUAUAACAGCCUUCAUCUGUUUUUCUGUCUUCAUUCUGAACGCGGGUCUUGUUUGGCUGUUUCCGUGGAGUGAAGUACAAUCCAACACUACGAAGAAUGGUCUGCGACUGGGUAAGAGCGAAGUACUUUCGGGAAAGACAGCAGAUAAAGCGCAGGAUGCAGCCGCAACCCCGGGGGCCUCCCCACGAGGGAAGGCACCUCGGCCGCCCUGGUCGGAAGUCCUGUCGGUGCUGCGGGACAUGAAGACCCUGAUCUGUUCUGAACUCUGGGACAUAUUUUUAGUGCGCUUGCUGAUGGCCAUGGCCGUCAUGCUCUACUACAGUAAUUUUGUCCUGGCCCUGGAGAAGCGCUUUGGGGUCAGGCCCAAGACGACAGGCUACCUCAUCAGUUACAGCAGCGCCCUGGGGGCCCUGUCUGGCUUUGUCCUGGGGCCGAUCCUCAGGCUGUACAAGCACAACUCCCACGCCAUCCUGCUGCACUCCAGCCUGCUGACCUUCCUGGUGCUGCUGCUCUACUCCACAGCCCCCACCAUGGGGGUCGUGGGCCUCUCCUCCACCCUCCUGUCCUUCUCCACCGCCCUGGGCAGGGUCUCCAUCACGGACCUCCAGCUGCGGGUGGGCGGGGCCCAGGCCAGCGGCUCGCUCAUCGGGGUGGGGCAGUCGGUGACGGCCGUGGGCCGCAUCCUCACCCCCCUGCUCUCGGGGGUUGUCCAGGAGGUGAGUCCCUGCGGCCCCCCCAGCCUGGGAGCUGCCUUAGCCUUGAUGGCUGUUCUCGUCAUAUCGCUCAAUAGACCUCAUUACAGCGGCGUCAGCAGUGGUCCCUUAAAAAGUAAGUAGAAUGGAUUGGAACAUUGCGAAGAAACAAAGUUCAAGGUGGGUGAAACAGGGACAGAGGUCAUAAGGAAAAGGGUGGCAGGGACAGGGUGGGUGGUGGUUAUGGAAAACUUACUUCUGGAUGGAUGUGCUCUGUUGGUACACGUCUACACCAGCCUUCCGCUGUGCCUGCCUGAGGUAGGUUCAGAAGUCACGAUUGGGCACGUUGGCCCGUUGGUAUAGAAGUAAAGAUUUGCCAAAGGAGAUGGUAUCACACGUUUACCUGCAAGUUUUAUCUUCCCAUCUGAGCCAGUGAGGCAAAAAUUGUCAAGGGCGAAAAAGCUACCAGCUACAGGAUAGAGAAGUAUUGGAAUAACAGAACAUGACUUGUGGAAAAAGGAAAGAAACCACAAGGAUUUUCCUAGGAAAUAAUAAUAAACUUAUGCAUUAAUAAAAUGCCAUUUGGCUGGAACAUUCCAUAAGCUGAGAGUGAGCUUUUCUGCUAUUAAAAUCCUUGAUAUUCAAGCAGCUGCUUUAUUAAAACCACCCCGUAUCUCUCUGAAGUCUUCACAAGGUUAUGAAUGGUAGUUGGAUCUUAGUGGACAUACACGUCCUCUGGGGAGCUGGCUGAAAUGCAGAUGCCAGAGACUGACUGAGUGGAGCUGGCUGAGGCCCAGAAAUCUAUUGUAUUUUAAUAAACACCCUUUGCCAUUUCUUAUGGAGGUAGAGAAAGGAUCACACUGCGGCAUUACUGGUUUUGAUUAACAUAAUCUCAGUUACUUUUUUAUUAAUGGCUGACCAAAUUUGAACUGUCUGUUGAAAUUGUGCGUGUCUUCACAAUCUGCUGCAGUUUUCCCAACUCUCAACGAUCAUACCUUAGAAUAGGGGAAACACAAGCCCUGCGAGCUGCUCCCUGUGCUCCUGCCUCUGAGGCCUGCUCCCUGGAGAGAGCUGAGUUGCUGCAGUCUGAGGAAGUCUACAUGGAUAGAAGCAGGAGGGUCUGCUUCCUGCCUCAUCCUGGUGGUGGUACAACCCGACGGUGACCAGAGCAAGGAAUGCUUCGAAGAUGAAAGCGUGAUGUGGAACAAGAGUCUGGUGGCCUGCCGUGUCUAAGGAACUUGACUCUGUAGUGUCUUGCAUGGAAAAUCAUUUUACUUUCUUUUAACUUUGCUCCAGAGAACAGAGGCAAUAUUACAUUAAUCUAUGGGGAAAUGGUUUCAUGGGCCUUUUCCGAGGCCUCCUGUCUGUAGAGCUCGGCUGUCAUUCCAUCAGCACCCCCUAAGGGGCCAACAAGGGUCCCAGAUCGAGGGGAGCUCCCAGACUCUCAGGGAGAUGUUUUACGUCACUUGCUGACUCUAUUUGAAUUACAUCAGCUGUUCAUAAAAUUAUUCAGGGGCUCCUCCUCUUUUCCUUGCAAAUUACCAAACUUUACAUUCCUUUUAAUCCUCUUAAUUAGUCCACUGGAAUAUCAUGCUUGUUCUCAGCCUAACAGAUGCAUAAUUAUAAAUGAUAUUUUAAUAUAUUGGUAUGACUUUAAUAUUUAUUGUAUAUAAAGAAGACAAACUAUUUCCGUAGUUUUAGAAGUUGUGUGUGGGGUAAACUUAAAUAUUUAUGAUAAUUAAUUGGAAGCAUGUUUAGAUUGAAGAUUGGUCCUUUUCCUUCUCUAGCUACAAGAAAAGUAUUAACUUGUUAUUCAUUAAGUGUUAACCAUUGUGAACUUAUAUACAAGUGACAAGUGCAUUUCAGGAGACCAAAACAUAUAAAAUAGCUUUGCCCUUUGUCACGGAGAUAAGACUCAAAAGGAUCAUACAAAAUCAAAGGUUUAUGCAUUGCAGUAGAACUUCAGAAGAAUUCCUCCAAAGGUGAUCUUUUUUUUCACUCUCAGAAAUAGACAAGUUUUUUAGAAGCUCUUAAAUAUUACCAUGUUGUAAAAAUCAUGCUUUAUUUUUUUUUGUUAUCAAAAGCCUAUAAAUUAAAUGAGGCUUUAUAAUUAAUCACACAUGGAAAAACUGAAACCCAAAGAUUGAUCUUAGUACCCGUACGUAGAAUAGAGAAACAUUUUUGUUGUAUUCCACUAGUGAUUUUAGAAUAUUGUUAACAUGACUUUUUUAGGUGAAUAUUUUCGUGUGGCUCCUCUUGUGUAGUCUAAUGCCUGCCACACAGUGUGGUCCCCAGACCUUCUAGGGACCAUUUUAACAAGAUCCCUCCUUGAUUUGUAUGCACAGUAAAGUUUGAAACCCACUGGUCCAGUGGAUGGUAUUUGUAUUGUUUAUGGAAUAUAAUCUCAGAGAAAUUAAAGCUCAAUUAAAGAUUU